CGCCCUCCCUCUCGCUCUCUUCCGGCUCCCGCGGCCGCCGUCACCAUGAGCAGCAAAGUGUCCCGCGACACCCUGUACGAGGCGGUGCGGGAGGUCCUGCACGGGAACCAGCGCAAACGCCGCAAGUUCCUGGAGACGGUGGAGCUGCAGAUCAGCCUCAAGAACUAUGACCCGCAGAAGGACAAGCGCUUCUCGGGCACCGUCAGGCUCAAGUCCACCCCUCGCCCCAAGUUUUCCGUGUGCGUGCUGGGGGACCAGCAGCACUGCGAUGAGGCCAAGGCCGUGGACAUCCCCCACAUGGACAUCGAGGCGCUGAAGAAACUCAACAAGAACAAGAAGCUGGUGAAGAAGCUGGCCAAGAAGUAUGACGCCUUUCUGGCCUCCGAGUCCCUAAUCAAGCAGAUCCCCAGGAUCCUGGGCCCAGGCCUGAACAAGGCUGGCAAGUUUCCUUCUCUGCUGACCCACAAUGAGAACAUGGUGGCCAAGGUUGACGAAGUCAAAUCCACGAUCAAGUUCCAGAUGAAGAAGGUGCUGUGUCUGGCGGUGGCUGUCGGCCAUGUGAAGAUGACGGACGACGAGCUCGUCUACAACAUCCACCUGGCUGUCAAUUUCCUGGUGUCGUUGCUGAAGAAGAACUGGCAAAACGUCCGGGCCUUAUACAUCAAGAGUACCAUGGGCAAGCCCCAGCGCUUAUACUAGGCACCCUGAAUAAACCGAGUACUGCCGUGU